CUCCUCCGCGCCGCCGCCGGUCACCUCUGGGAAAGCUCGGGGCCCGACCGGUGGGCGCCCAUGGGGGUCCCGGCCUUCUUCCGGUGGCUGAGCCGCAAGUACCCGUCGAUCAUCGUGUCCUGCACCGAGGAGAAGGCUAAAGAAUGCAAUGGCAUCAAAAUCCCCGUGGACACCAGCAAACCGAACCCGAAUGAAGUAGAAUUUGAUAACCUGUAUUUGGAUAUGAAUGGCAUCAUUCAUCCUUGCACACACCCGGAGGAUAAGCCAGCACCCAAAAAUGAAGAUGAAAUGAUGGUAGCCAUUUUUGAGUACAUCGACAGGCUGUUCAAUAUCGUCAGGCCGAGGCGGCUUCUGUACAUGGCUAUAGAUGGAGUGGCUCCCCGUGCAAAAAUGAACCAGCAAAGAUCCAGAAGAUUCAGAGCAUCCAAGGAAGGAAUGGAAACUGCAGAAGAGAAGCAGAGAAUAAGAGAAGAGAUCUUGGGAAAAGGUGGCUUUCUCCCACCAGAAGAAGUAAAAGAAAGAUUUGACAGCAACUGCAUUACUCCAGGAACCGAGUUUAUGGACAAUCUUGCUAAAUGCCUUCGUUAUUAUAUUGCUGAUCGUUUAAACAAUGACCCAGGAUGGAAAAAUGUGACGGUUAUUUUAUCUGAUGCGAGUGCUCCUGGUGAAGGUGAACACAAAAUCAUGGAUUACAUACGAAGGCAAAGAGCUCAACCAAACCAUGACCCGAACACUCACCAUUGCUUGUGUGGUGCUGAUGCUGACCUCAUUAUGCUUGGACUAGCAACGCAUGAACCAAAUUUCACUAUAAUCAGAGAAGAAUUUAAGCCAAAUAAGCCUAAACCAUGUGGUCUUUGCAACCAGUUUGGUCACGAAAUUAAAGACUGCCAAGGUCUGCCUAAAGAAAAGCAGGGGGAGCAUGAUCAAUUUGCUGACUGUCCUCCUGGGAUGGAACAAGAAUUUAUCUUUAUUCGCUUAUGUGUUUUAAGAGAAUAUUUGGAACGAGAACUCACCAUGGCCAGCCUGCCGUUCACGUUUGAUGUCGAAAGAAGUAUCGAUGACUGGGUGUUCAUGUGUUUCUUCGUGGGGAACGACUUUCUUCCUCAUCUGCCCUCACUGGAGAUCAGGGAAGGAGCAAUUGACCGUCUGGUGAACAUUUAUAAAAACGUUGUGCACAAAACUGGGGGAUACCUUACAGAAAACGGCUACGUCAACUUGCAGAGAGUGCAAAUGAUCAUGCUGGCUGUUGGGGAAGUUGAAGACAGCAUUUUUAAGAAGCGAAAAGAUGACGAGGAAAAUUUCAAAAGAAGACAGAAGGAGAAAAAGAAAAGAAUGAAGAGGGAACAGCAUUCCAUGCUUGGAGGGCAGUUCGCCCCACAGCCCCUGGGGCGGGGAAAUAGAUCGAGUCACCAGCCAAUCAGCAAUCCAAGGCAAGCCAUCUUUGAAAUGAGAAUGCAGGACAGACAGAACACGACUCCUUCAGCUUCUCCUAAUACAAGCUUCACAUCUGACGAUUCGCCAUCCCCGGCAGGAGGAAUUAAACGCAAGGCAGAGGACAGCGAUAGUGAACCUGAGCCUGACGAUAAUAUCAGGUUAUGGGAAGCUGGUUGGAAACAGCGCUAUUACAAGAAUAAAUUUGAUGUUGAUGCCUCCGAUAAGAAAUUCCGUUACAAGGUUGUGCAAGCGUAUGUGGAAGGGCUUUGCUGGGUUCUCAGAUACUAUUAUCAGGGGUGUGCCUCCUGGAAAUGGUAUUAUCCUUUCCAUUAUGCACCAUUUGCUUCCGAUUUUGAAGGGAUCACAGACAUGCUGUCAGACUUCGAAAAAGGAACCAAACCGUUUAAGCCUCUUGAACAACUUAUGGGAGUUUUUCCAGCUGCCAGCGGCAACUUUCUCCCACCAACUUGGCGCAAACUUAUGACAGAUCCGGAAUCAAGUAUAAUUGACUUCUACCCUGAAGAUUUUGCUAUUGAUUUGAAUGGGAAGAAAUAUGCUUGGCAAGGUGUCGCUCUGUUGCCAUUUGUUGACGAACGCCGCCUGAGAGCUGCCCUUGCAGAGGUGUAUCCUGACCUCACUCCUGAAGAAAACCGAAGAAAUAGCCUUGGUGGGGAUGUUCUCUUCAUUGGAAAACAUCAUCAACUUCAUGACUUUGUUCUUGAACAGUACAAGACUAGUGAAAAAGAGCCGGUGGACAUACCGCCUGAACUUUGUCAUGGUAUCCAAGGAAAACUUGCCCUCAACGAAAACCCAGUUCUUCCGGAUGAGACAGUGCAGUCUCCUGUGCCACAGCUGCGCGAUCUGACACAGAAUUCUGCGAUAAGUGUCAGCUUUAAAGACCCGCAGUACCCAGAAGACUAUAUUUUCAAGGCCGUGGUGUUAUCUGGGGCAAAAAAGCCUCCGGCAGUUCUGAAGCCGGGUGACUGGGAGAAAACCAACAAUGAUGGUAGACCGUGGAGGCCCCAGCUGGGCUUUAACCGGAAUAGGAGGCAAGUUCACUUGGACCAGUCAGCAUUCAGAACAUUAGGCCACUCAAUGCCGAGGGACAGAGGACAGUCGGGAAGUGGCGUCUACAGCAACAUUGCUCCGCACGGAGCUUACAAUCAAGGAAACGCGUACAGGCCCCUGUUGGGUCGACCGCAGCAACAGAUCCCAAAACUGUUAUCAAACCUUAGGCCUCAAGAUUCAUGGAAUGGCCCUACACCUCUCUUUCAGCAACCGCCACAAAGAUUUGACAGAAAUUCUGGGGCCACUCCUCUCCUCGCUUGGAACCGCAUGCCACAUUCCCAGGGACCGUCAUACCAACAAAAUCAGUACCAAGCUCCAGGCGGACCGAUGAAUUACCCACACCGGCCCAGUGAUCGGAGGGAUCGGGGAAGGCAGGGUUAUGGAAGACCCUACCCCUUGCCCCCCUCCUCUGGAAGAUACAACUGGAACUAGGCGCUGGGCAUUUCUGCAAGUCACAGCAAUCCUGUUUUUAUGAUACUUGGCAUCUGAGCCCUUUUCAGGUGACCACCUUUCUUUUUAAGGACUGUACAUUUUUACUGAUGAGAUUUCAUAUGAUGUGUAUGUUGCUGUCGAACUGUACUGCAGAAUACAGGUGGAGUAAUACUUUUAAGUAAUACUUAUUUGCUUGUGGGGGCGUCUAAUGAAGCAAGAGUACUUUCUGUCUUUAGUGUGGGUUUUAUUGCAUUACACUGUGGAUGACUUUCCAUUUCACAUCAAAAUAUCCCUUGGAUUCACAACUAAGAAAAGGUUUACACCAAGAAAAAGAACAGCAGUGUGGGCAAUUGUGUCUGAUUGUGAAAGUGACUUAGAAAGCCAUCUACAAGCACAACAUUGUAAAGACUUGGUUAGUAUUCCUUCUAAUUGCUUCAUUGAUGUAUUUGUCUGCUGAGCUCUCCAAGUAAAAGCUUCCACUUUUACAA